AUGGAUGAUAAAAGUGGCAGGUUAAGAAAGAAACGGGGAGUAUUGAGAACAUCUGUUACCAAAAUUUGUAAAACUAUUGAAACAGAACUAACGAAAACAGAUGUAAAUGUCGAUAUGUUAGAAGAAAUGUUAGAGCAGCUUGCUGUUGAGUCAAGUGAAUUAAAGAAUCUAGAUUCACAAAUUGAAGAAUUCGUUUCCAUGGACAAUUUAGAAAAAGAAAAAAGAACUAGAAGAAGGGCUAAGGAACAUUUUGAACACAGUGUAACACGAGAUAACGAGGGGCGCUACAUUGUCAGUCUACCUUGGAUACAUGAUCAUCCAUCUCUUCCUGAUGACAGAAAGAUAGCUGAACGAAGAAUUAACAGUUGUAUUAAAGCCUUAGAACGUGCCGAAAAGCUGGCCGAUUAUGAUGAUGUUUUUCAGGAUUGGCAGAGUGAGGGCAUUAUUGAAGAAGUUGAUCCUAUGCAAGAAAUCAAAGAAGGACAGCAUUUCUUACCUCACCAUCCUGUCUUCAAGGAGAAUUCGACGAACAAAGUUCGACCCGUUUUUGAUGGUUCAGCCAAAGAAAAAAAUACACCUUCUAUUAAUGACUGCCUCGAAAAGGGACCAAAUCUAGUAGAACUCAUUCCAUCUCUCAUAAAUCGCUUUCGUGUUGGAAAAUAUGGAGUGAUAUCUGACAUCAAGAAGGCCUUUCUGCAAAUUGGAUUACAAGAACGAGUUAGACCAUAUCUCAGAUUUUUAUGGAAGGAUAGAAGAAAAGACGGAAAUAUCAAGAUCCUGCAGCACAAAAGAGUUCUGUUCGGAAUCUCCUCCAGUCCUUUCCUUCUAGGAGCUACAUUAGAACUUCAUUUAAAAAACGCUCCAGAUCAUCUCAAGGAGACAGCCCAACAACUUAUGAGGUCCUUCUAUGUUGAUAAUUGUGUUUUCAGCGUCAACAGAAAAGAAGAACUUGCUAGAUUUAUUUCGGAAUCGCAAGCAAUAUUAUCUACUGCCAUGUUUGAACUUCGAGGGUGGGAGCAUUCUCCUACUGAAGACAAAACUGAAGAAAGGCAAGAAGACCGAAAGGUUCCAGUUCUUGGGCUUCUGUGGAAUUUACCAAAGGACACUAUAUCUCUAGAUUUGAAAAGUUUGAUGAAAGAAGAUAAAGGACCUAUUACAAAAAGAAAAAUCCUGUCAACCGUUCAUCGAAUCUUUGAUCCGAUAGGAUUUUCUUGUCCAGUGACUCUAGAGCCCAAAUCUUUGUUGCAGGAAUGCUGGAAAUUGGGGCUGUCUUGGAAUGUUGAACUCCCUCUGCUGAUAACUGAAAGAUUCGAACGCUGGAAGAUGAAGUUACCGAAAUUGAAUGAUCUUGAAAUACCAAGAUGUAUAAGUGAGGACUUUGCAGAAGAUUCCAGACUUUCCAUCCAUGUUUUUUGUGACGCAGGUCAGAGUGCCUACGCUACAUCUAUCUUCUUGAGAGCUGAAUCUGCUGAUAGCACGUCGUGCCAGUUAAUACAAGCUAGAAAUAGACUUGCUCCUUUGAAAAAGAUCUCUAUUCCAUGCCUAGAACUUUUGUCCUGCACUAUUGGAGCUAGAUUGGCAAAAGCAACCAUAUCUGAACUUGGACUUGAGAACAUACCAAUCUUCUACUGGUCUGAUUCCAUGAAUGCUUUUAUUGGAUCAAAAGAAAUGAGAAUUGGGCCACGUUCGUUUACAACAGGUCCAGGUCUUCAGGAUAAAUGA